AUGUCUAAUGCAACACAGUUGUCAGCCAUUUUAGAACAGCAGUAUGAGUUAUUCGACACUAUUAAAGAAUCGCUCGAUAAAUUGGGUUCCAACCCAACAACCCAAAGAAUAGAGUCUCGUAAAAAUGCUCUCUGCGAAAAUUGGACUUUAUUCAAAGAAAGUCACCAAAGUGCCACAUCCAUCAAAGCAUCACUGAAAGUUGAAACACGACAGAAAUUCGAAGAGGAGAAUUAUUUUAAAAACAAAAUGUAUCGUAGCUGCGAAGAAAAUUAUCUAGAUGCCAUCGAACACAUGUCUACGUUGAAAGAUAAGUUAUCAGAAGUUCCAAAUCUAGAUGGGAAAGCUCUUGCUGCUACGUCUGCCAAACCGCAGAUUUUGGCAAAUAACCACCAGCUACCAAAACUACCUCUACCAGUUUUCAACGGCGAAUUCUCUGAGUGGCCUUCAUUUAAAGACUCCUUUAUGGCAAUCAUCGGAGCUGAUCCGUCGCUUUCCUGUGUCACAAAGCUUCAAUUUUUAAAAGGAUGUCUCAUAGGUAAGGCGGCAUCACGUCUACAUGGUGUAUCAGUUACGGCAUCAAACUUCCAAAUCGCUUGGGAUGACAUGAUCUCUUAUUAUGAUAAUAAAAGACUACAUGUCGACGCAGCAGUUCAAGCUAUUAUUUCAGCCAAAGCUGUUAACGAGGAAUCUUCUUCUAAAUUGGAGACCUUGUUUAACGACAUUAAUAAAGCUUUGGGGUCGCUUGAAGGUCUUGGUCGUGAUGUGAACCAGUGGAAUGAUGUACUUACACAUAUCGUUUCUCGUAAACUAGAUGGUGCUUCUAUUAAGGAAUGGGAAAAGUCACUAGGACCUUCAACCGAGCCACCCACAUGGGCGGCACUGAAAGAAUUUAUUUUAACCCGAAUUCGAUCACUUGAAGCCUUUGAACGCGCUACUUCAUCGCAAAACAAAUCCCAAUCAUCCAGCUCAAGGCAGCAAGUUAAGGCGAAAGCGCAUCAUGCAGCAGCGCAGCAAACAAAACAGGUAUGUUUUAAUUGUCAAGGCGAGCACUAUAUCUCUUCUUGUCCAGGUUUCUUAUCAAAGACUCUAGCAAAUCGCUUAGAGCUUAUUAAACAAUUAAAACUAUGCUUCAACUGCCUCGGUCCUCACCAACUUAAUACAUGCUUUUCAAAACGGAGAUGCCAAAAAUGUGGACGACGUCACCAUACAACCAUACAUCAAGAAAAUACAUUUAUCAAUUCAACUGUGGCAUCUAAUGAAGCUAUUCCAAGCAACAGCAUUAAUUGUGUAUCUGCCGUUUCUAGUGUCACCUGUACAACCAAGCUUCCCAGAUCAACAACGCUUCUCGCCACUGCAUUAGUGAAAGUAGUAUCCAGUUUUGGAGAGUCAUAUCUUGUCCGAGCUUUCCUUGACCAGGGCUCCGAAGUUAACCUUGUAUCAGAAUACCUCAUAAACCUUCUACAGCUACCUCGAUCGUACACAUCUUUAUCUAUAGUUGGUAUUGGAGGUGAUUCCUCCUCAUCUCAUCAAUCAAAGGGCAUGGUAACUAUUAAUCUGAAAUCUUGCACAAGCGAAUUCACUUGCAGUUUUAACGCAUAUAUCUUAUCAAAACUUACCAACCUUUUACCAUCGGCUGUGUCCAAACAUUCUGGCUGGGCACAUUUGCAAAACAUUGAUCUAGCGGAUCCGGAAUAUCACCAACCUGGUCGUGUAGACCUCAUUCUUGGAGUAGAGAUGUAUGGACAAGUCCUGCAAAAUGGACUUAUCAAAGGACCUGAAGGAGCACCAAUAGCACAACGUACAUCUCUGGGGUGGAUUAUUUCAGGGUCAUCAACGUCAAUAGCCCCAUCAGAAGCAAAAUCGUUUCACUGCUGUACAGAUGAUCACCUAGAUGACUUAGUGCAAAAGUUUUGGAUGCAAGAAGAAUCUUUUAAAUCUUCUGUCGAUACACUUACUCCAGAAGAAGAAGAAUGCGAGCAUAUAUUCCAAUCCACACAUUCUCGUGAUGCCGUAGGGCGAUUUAUUGUACGUCUUCCUUUCAAAUCCGUUCCAGCAUCGUUCGGAGAUUCGAGAUCUCCAGCUUUAAAGUGUUUAAGCCGAUUAAAAAACCGUUUUGUACAAAACACUGAAUUUGCCAUUGAUUAUUCUAACUUUAUUACAGAGUAUGAACAACUUGGACAUAUGCAACGAGUACCGACACAAACUCAAAACAAUGAUCAGAUGUUUUAUUUACCUCAUCAUUGUGUUCUUCGCAGUUGCAGCUCAACGACCAAAUUAAGAGUCGUUUUUAACGGAUCUCUGAAAACAGAUAAGGGAAAAUCUCUUAACGGUUUCCUACACGAAGGUAAAAAACUGCAAGUAGAUCUUCCUGAUGUUCUGACCAGGUGGCGAGUUAAUGAGUUUGCCUACUGUGCUGAUGUAAAAAAAAUGUUUCGGCAAAUCAAAGUGCACCCGGACGACUGGAAUUACCAACGUAUUUUAUGGACUGAAGGUUCUAACAUUCAAGAAUUUGUACUUACCACAGUCACAUACGGAACCAAAUCAGCUCCAUUUUUAGCAAACAGGGUCCUACAUCAGUUAGCCGAGGAUGAAAGUUAUCGAUUUGCAGACGUCAAAGAUGUUAUAAAAAAAAAUACUUACGUAGAUGAUGUGUACGAUGGAGCAGCUACAGUACAAGAAGGUAAGAAUCGAAUUUCUCAAAUUACUCAUCUCUUUGAAGCAGGUGGAUUUCAAUUGCAAAAAUGGGCAGCCAAUAACAAAAAUUUAAUCGCAAAUGUUCCGGAGCAAAAUCGAGCAACCGCCCCAUUGCUUUCCAUAGAAGACAGUCCUGUUCACCGAACACUGGGAUUGAACUGGCAGCCUACAUUGGAUCGAUUUAUUUUCAUCCCAGUACAUCAGCAGGAACCAGCACUAUAUACAAAACGCACAGUGCUAUCUAGAGCAGCUCAACUUUUCGAUCCCUUGGGUUGGCUUUCUCCUAUCGUGGUUGAGGCCAAGUUAUUUAUACAAGAACUCUGGCUUGCAGGCUUUGAAUGGGAUCAACCAAUAUCUAAAUCAUUUGAAAGUCGAUGGAAAAGUUACAUCAACCAGCUCAGUGAUCUCUCCAUGAUAUCUGUGCCCCGAUGGCUUGGAAUAACUCCUUGUUCUUUAUCAAUCGAACUGCAUGGGUUUUCCGAUGCCUCACAACUAGCUCUUGGAGCUGUCGUUUAUAUUCGUGUGGUAAAAGAAAAUGAAACGAAUAUUACAAUCUUAUCAUCAAAAACAAAGGUAGCUCCAACUAAGCGCUCUGAAAAGUCUUUAAAACGGCCAAGAUCUGUUCGAGUCACAAUUCCGCGGCUGGAAUUGACUGCAGCGUUAAUGCUUACGAAACUGGUGAAGCACGUAGUCUAUGUUCUUGAUUUACAUGCAGCUCCCAUUCACCUCUGGACUGACUCCAGUACUGCGCUUUAUUGGAUUCAAGGUGAGCCAUCGAGAUGGAAAGAUUUUGUCCGAAAUCGAGUCACCCAAAUCCAAGAGAUAUUGCCGAAAGCAAAUUGGCAUCACAUUUCAGGUGAGCACAACCCCGCAGACCUCCCAUCUAGAGGAGUUUCACCACGCCAGUUAGCUGAAAGCGAUCUUUGGUGGAAAGGUCCACGGUGGCUUCAGCUUACUUCAGAUAAGUGGCCAAACCUAAUCCCAGCUCCAGAUUCUAACGUAGAUCAUGAAGAACGUCAUACACUAGUAGCUACAACAAUUCAUUUUAAAAAUAGACAAACAUGGGAUCUUCUCCUACGGUAUUCAUCUUUGUCGAGACUUUUGCGAAUCACUGCAUGGUGCAAACGUGCUAUUUUACGAAAUAAAAUGAGAGUCUUAUUGCGAAAAGCCACUAAUAAAUCAACUCCAAGUUCAUUCACGUCUGGGGAAAUUGAAAAUGCAAAAUUAACCCUUAGUACAUCAACUAAUGAAUGCCCUUUAACACCAUUAGAGAUUGAAACAGCAAAAUCAUUUUGGAUACGCAAAAUACAACUUUUAUAUUUUAAAACUGAAAUUAAUCAACAGCCCUCUUCAUCGGCUUACGCCAUUUCUUGA